AUGACCGACUCCGAAUUACUCGCUUUUGUCCGAAAGCCUGGUGUUUUCACUGCACUCGAAGCAGAACAUGACCGCCCAGGUUGGCGCAACUGGGCAUCUGAUCUUCUCCUCCUCGUCGGUCGCGAAGGCUGUGGGUCCCAUGCCUGCUCACCCAACGCAUACGACUGUCGCAUCUCCCCCGACACCAUGGGAUGCGAGGCCUGCGUCGCGUCUUUAACCCGAUGUCCUUAUCUCAUAGAUUUCAUCGCGCAAAGAGUCCGAGACCACACCGCGCUCACUGGACGCUCUUUACAAGCGUUCAUGGAUUCAUACGAACGCUGGCGUCUUCUCGCCAUCGAGCACCCAGGCGUUCCCACCCUAAUAUCUCGCGCAACUCGAGGCUUCACUUUGUUCGACGACAAGGCCUCUAAUAUUCGCAACCUUGCCGGAUCGCUUCCCGGUCAAAUUGAGCGCCUGCGUGCAAUUGUCACGGAAUUACGCGUUUCCUAUUUCGACCUGUGCGCCAACUACACUCCCCUCCUUCUACGAACUACCAAUCUGUCGACUACAACCGCUGAAGUCCACGCCCUUCUCCUUCAGCUUUCAUCCAGUCUUCCUCCUCACCUUGAAGGUCCCGCGUUGCCCUUGCUGUCCGAAGCUAUCGCCAUGCUGGAAUCUUCAAUGCAAUCCGACACGACAUCGUUCCAGUCUCCUUAA